UUAAUUGUGUGAUAAGUACGUGUGGGGGUAACUGACGAUACAUGAACUUGAAGGAAAAAUAAAUUAAAACCACGUACCACAGUGACGUAACGAUUAACCUUUGACCCAAUGACUAAUUGUCUACGUCGGUCAGUUGUGUUAAUGAUAUUUAUGCAUUCACUGAACCGAAUCUACGCCUGUGUCAGUUCUGAAAUUUGUAUUCAAAUACAGUGUUUAACGUAAGUGUGUGGGAGAGACUUUGCUUUGAUUUUGUUGUUAGCUGAAGCAGGGAUUUACGUUCUCAAAAGAAAAAUGACGACUUUGGAGUUAAAAUGGAUGCUAAUGGUUGUGUUAGGGAGCAUAUGGUGUCUACAUGAUGUGCACGGGAACGACUUGGUGAGUUGGUAUUACCAUUCACGGUCCUACAGUCGACUGUGUUACUGCUCCAUAUACCUGGAUUCCUGUUACCCCAAUGGGUGUGUGUCUGAUGGUGGCUGCAGUAUACCAUUACCAAAAAACUACAUUGCCCAACAUCUGCAUGGCAAGACCAUUGCUAUUGACGGAAAGCUUGACGACCCUGCCUGGGAAGAGGUGCCUUGGUCUGCGUCAUUUGAUGAUAUACGUGGUAGUACUUUUCCAAAGCCAAAGCUUGAAACAAAGUUCAAGCUGAGGUGGGAUGACAACAACCUUUACGUUGCUUUGUAUAUGAAGACAAAGAAUAUGUGGGCAACCAUGACAGCUGAUGAAUCACAUCUGUUCAGAGAAAACGCAAUCGACUUGUUCUUCGUUCCUGACGAAACACUACACAAUUAUAAACAAAUUGAGGGAAACGUACGGAACGCAACUUUCGACCUGAGCCUCUCAAAGGCUUACAUGGAUGGAGGUAUUGCCAAUGAAGCUUGGGAGGCUAGGGAAGAAAAGGGAGUCACACACGACGGGACCAUAAACGACCCCGAAGACCCAGGCAGUUUCUGGACAACAGAAUGGGCGUUACCUUUCCGAUCUCUGUCUGAAGGGUCUACAAGAAAUCAAUCUAAACCAUUUGAUGAUGAAGUUCACUUUAUGCAAUUUGCCAGAAUGAACCAGCAUUUGAGAGUAGCAAGAGGCACAUACGAACUGGAUACUCCUGCUCAAACGGAUUGGUGGACAUGGGAGCCAAUAGGAGCUGUCAACCUUCACCUGCCCAGUCGAUGGGGACUUGUCAAGUUUUCCAAAGACAUGAAAAACAAAGUGUUUUCUUUCCCAAGAUGGCACAUCUACAAAACUUUGUUUUCCAUCUUUGAUGCAUUGCAGCAAUACAAAGCGAUGAAUGGUAUAUACAGCUCCAAACUGGAUGAAAUCCCCGUGCCUCGCCACGUGUACAGAAGGCGGUGUAUUGAACUCCCUAUAAUAGAAGUACUCGGUAAUGGAUUCGUCGUGACCGUGAAAUCUCGCAUUACAGGCGAGACCGGAAGUAUAGCCCAAGACCGUGGCGUCGCUUUCCACUGAUGUACCAGUAUUAAUUAUGUAAUAGGCCAUGCAUUACCACUAAAGCACCGUAUAUAGAUACACAGAUUUAUUCUCACAUUAUACAUAAACUAUUUUCAGGAUUUACAAUCCUUUGACUGUCAGUUUGUAAUAUAAAUAUACAUAAGUAUGCUAUCGCCUAAGUACCAACAUAUUGAUUCAUUAAUAUAAUUUAAUGAAAAAAUAUACAGAAUCUUACUAAAAAUUCGCAGUGAUAUUCAACUUGAUAAUUAUUUUUAUAAUAAAGUCAAGAAACUGCUUCCUUGAGAUGAAAUUGAAGUAAACAGUUUAUGCAAACGUUAUCAUUUUCCUUCCAUGUUAAGGAAAACUUACUUAUAGGCGCUCAUCUGACGAAUGUAUUAAUUAUUUGAUUAGGUUAAGAACGAUAACUCUUAUUCAUAUCUUUUAUUGAAAUUUCAAUCAAUGCGCAGUGUAUUUAUGUCGUAUAUAUAUUUGAUAAACAUAAUGACAUAAAUUGAACUAAGUAAGACAUGGACUCUCACCUGUUAACAUCACAUAUGUCUUCCGACAACAUGCAGCUUAUGCUAGACUUGCUUUUUUUAUUUUAUUUUUUAGUAAACAGUCUUUGAACCGAGGAGAGUGGGCUUGCUGACAGUACAUGUAAAAACCAAUUGAUAGCAAACUAUGUACUUUACUUGACAUGACCCAUGUAAUAUUGUAUAUAUUUCAGUAUGUUUCUUUGCCUUCAAACUUCGCUGAUAGUAUAAAUGUGCAAAUAAAUAUGAAUAUGAAUUUGCAUAAUUAGAGAGAAGAAUAUCACUAAUGCCUAUUUUACAAAUACAAAAUGAAAGUAUCUUUGCGGCAAUUUCUUUAUGUGGUAUACAUUAUACAAAAAACGAUCGACGACUUUAAUUGGUUAAAAGUUGUAUCCUUUAAUAUCAUUUAUGUGAGACAUCCUCUAAUUAUCCACGUACUUGAUCAAGGCUAUUACUAAGGUGCAUAAAGUAAUGAAAUUAACCUAUGAAGUAUAUCUAGAUCUGAUCGUACCUGUUUUAAUUUCUCACUUUCAUUUUUGCAAAAUUUAGUGAAGAUUUCAGUUCUGCGGUAUUCGGAAGCCUGUGUAUCUCGAAAUUUUGCUAUUCAUUCAUCUAGAUGUUGAGCAUAAUUCAUUUCACGUAGAAAGUUCGACUCAUUUAUUUUAAUUAUAUUUCAAACUGAACGUCAAGGCCAAACUACAAAUGUUUUCAGAGUUCCUCGUCAGAGUAUCAGGCAACUUUAAAUAUUUCCUGGCUUUUCUUGGCUAGGUAUUUCAUAGUUUAUAUUGAUACUGUGCAAAUAUACAGUUCCUUAAAAUUAGCGCUGUUAAGGUCGAAUGAAUGUAUUGAUAAACGGAAAUAGGAAGUACAUCCCUAGUUUAAAAUCCAAUGUGCAUAAAUUACCAUUUUAAAUCCUUGAAAUUGUGACAACCUUUAUUUUUUUUGUGGCAGCAAACUUUAUUGAAUUUAAAUCUAGAAGGAUUUCGCUACAAAAGUCAAAUUAAUAAACACGAGUUAUCUCCCUUUAACCAUACACAAGAGGAUAAUUUUCCUAACCAGUUGUGAAUGGCAGUUUCGAUGGAACUGUUUGUUCAAUGCAACCUAACGUCCCACAGAUUAGAAUUGUCAUACCCGUGUUCCGUUCAACUUAUUUGUUACAGUGUGCCCGUCAUAUACAUUUAUCCAAACAAAUAACAUGUUUAAGCCAAGAAAACCGUUGCUUCCGGUGUUAUAGUAUUUUGAUGAUUAAAAAUGAAAGCAAAUAUAAUAAAUGAAAUUAAAAAAAUGUGGAAAAUACUGGACAAAUAAUUUAGGUCACAUAGAAAGUUUUGGUUGAAAUAUCGUAAUCUAAUUAAUCUAAUUAAUUAAAUAAAAUAAUAAUGAAAGAAAAUGUGGAAAACAUUGGGCAAUUAGUUUAGUUUACAUAGAACAUUUUGGGCUAUUGUAAAUAUCACCCACUUAUCUUUAAUAAAGAUUUCAUUGAGUCUUAA